CGUAAAGUUAUUAUACAAAAUGACUCUAAAUUUAGAUUUUCUGCACAUCCCACGGGAUCCACCGAAUGCUUCAAAGUUUAUAGUGGAAUUGUUAUUUACCAAGAUAUAUCCAUUAAUAAUUAGAAUACGAACGCGCUUACAAGCUGAUACAGAACAAGAAGAGGAAGCCAAAAAUAUUCUAAAUGUUUUUACUUUGUGCUGCAGUCAGAUCAAGAAAUGUGUACUCAACUUGUUUGAUAUCUUCAAACAAGAAAAUCAAGAAGGAAUAUUGCUACAGGAAAGUCGACAAUGCACCAUAGAGAGGUUAUCUUGGUGUGUCAACAGACUUGUGGUGGUUGAAGACAAGUUAAAAGACUUGGCGCAGGAUACACCAAAUGACGUUAGCUGUGAAGACUCUCCAUUCACGACACCCAUGUACUUUGUCAAUUGGAUGGAUCAUACUUUCGAAACUCUGUCUAAGCUGGCUGAAAUUAUUUACAAAACUGAUUACAAAGAGAAUGUUGACCUGUAUUUUGAAUGGAAAAUUGAACUAUUAGACUGCAUGCGGGAGUUACACUCUGCUCUGGAUGAGCUGCUGCUGUCUGCCAUGACACUUUGCAGGUAUUGCCUGCCGUCGGACCAGAUAAUAGUGAAAACUAGGUGUCAAGUGGUCCUAAGAGAAGCUAAAGUCUUAAUAAAUGAAGUUAUUGAAGGUGAUACAGAUGGAAAAUUCACUGCAACAGUAAACUCGCUGAAACUACCAAUCAUGCCAACCAAUGUAAAUGUCUCAAUUGACGUCCUAAAGGAUGUCCUAUAUGUUUUGGAGACAAACACAAACACUGCUUUGCUAGCACUAGUAGUUCACUGCUUUAGUAACAGUGUCUCGCCUGUUGACAUAUUGAAAGGACAUUUUGUGAAUACAGAAGGGUGUCCAUGUCAUGAUGCCAGUGAGGACAAUAUUGUAGAAGAUUGUGAAUAUGUAAAAGAGUUUGAUCUCUACAGUGAGAGGCUUUUGCAAAUUGGGUCUUUUGCAGUAUCUUGUUCAUCAGAUCAGGAAAGAAUAGUAUCUGUAAAAAGCGGCCUGGCAAGUCUAGAAGCCCUGGACCCUCACCUGGUGCCAGCAUUGAUGAUGUCUCCCGGUAGUUGGCACGCCGGAUUCCUCACUGACUCCUGGCGUAAGGAAGUACAGGAUAUUAAGGACAGUGUUUUCCUCAUUGUGGACCCAGCUGCAUUUGCAGAGAAAUCGAAACAAAUGAUGCACCAGACCCUAUUGCCACUUUUCAACACGAAUAAGUACGAAAGUAGCGCUGUGUGCAGUGUGAUCAACCUUGGCGGCGUGGUGCGUGACUUUUUCCACGUCUACAAAGUACAUGAGCCUGAGGCGCUGUCUUGCCGAGAAGCUUUGCUGCUAUUGCUGGCUGACUUGAACAAAGCUCUUCAGGAGUGCAAGGUGGUCAGCAACCUUCUCUGCUCAGAGGACGAUUAUUCGUAUGACGUAACAAAACCCGCGCACAAAAAAGACGUCUCUCUGGAGCAGCUUUUUAAACGUCUGAAACUACUUUACACACUGGUUAAUAGAAUUAACCAGUUGCUUCAUCCAGACGAUAAUGAUGACCAGUUCUUUAAAUCGGAGAUAGCAGAAGAGCAGACCAUUUCGAAUGCCACUUAUACAAUGAACCCUGUAAUUGGCAACACUUAUGUUAGCUCCCCAAAAAAUAUACCCUGCAUGACACGCAGUGUAUUUGCUAAAACUGCCCAUAUAAGAACACCAGCAAAGAGAUACCCGUUGAAGAAAUUAGUCCAUCAAAUUAAAGCUCAAAAAUGUAACGAGCUAAAUUUUUCUGUACAGCUCGACGCGAUGUUUAACGUGUCUGAAUUUGAAAGCGAUAAAAAGGAAAAGACCGAAGUUCACAAAAACUCGAUUUUGUACAAUUUCUCACCCAAAAAGAACAGGUCGUCGCUAAGGAAAAUGGUCCUAAACAAAUGCUAUAACUGGAGUUCUGAGAAACAGCCGGAAAAUAAAGACUUAAAGAGCGAAGUGCUCUUCAAAGAGAGUCUCAUGGACGACACAACGAGUUUACAGAUUUCGGAAAUUCUUGUACAAAUGCACGACAUGACGAAACUUCUCUCCAAAACGAAUCCGCCAGUCAAUCGCACAGCGCCCAUUUCAAAAAGCAACACCAAUCAAGAUACAUCACUAUCCAAAUACUUGCGCAACAUACCGCCUAACGCCAGUACGCUAGAAGUGCGUUUGGACGACACUGAGGCGAAUGCUACUACUGCUACGGUGCCAUCCGAUGUGUCAACGUUAGAGAGGCUGAAGGAUUUGAAUCGUGUUGAGAACAAAUUGACUAAUCUGAAGCUAUUGCAUAGGGAAACUCGUUUGUAAUUAAGGACAUCGCCUAU